CUGGCUGGCAUUUUCCUCUCUGCCUGUCUUCUUGGGAGUUUCCGUGCCGGCUGCGGGUUGGGUGAGGCCGGAGAGAAGUCCAGGCUCCGGGAGGCUGCCCUCCCUUUCGGAGUCCAGCGCCUCUUUCUCUCGCGGGGAGUCCAGCGGAGGCGGACGGCGGGGCUGUGGCCGAGGCGGAAGUGACGGCCGCUUCACCUGCUGGGCUCUGAGGGGGGUGACACGGAGGAGGAGGCCGGAGGCCAGUGUCCGUUGGGAAAUUCGCCCGGGAGUCGCCGGCUGGCUGCUGUGUCUCUUUGGGCUGCCGUCGGUUGCUAGCCCAGCCAUGGAGUCCCUCUGGCGGCUACCGCACUGGCUGUGGAGUCUUCUGCUCCUCUGUGCAGAUCUGACUGAAGGUGUAACCAUCACUUCAACUGAUCAGACCAUGAUAACCAAGGCUCAAGGAGACAAGGUUACAUUGUUGUGCACAUUUACACUCGCAGCAGCAGAUGAAGGUUCUCUUGACAUUGAGUGGGUUGUAGUACAACCAGAUGGUGAACAGCCAGUAAUAAUGUACAACGUAGAUAGAGUCUUUGAUAAGUAUCAUAUGAGUGGACGUGUACAGUUUGUCGAUCAAAAUCCAUCUUCUGGAGAUGCUACGAUAGAUAUUCUGAAUUUAAAGACAAGUGACAGUGGCACAUACCAAUGUAAAGUGAAGAAACCUCCUGGUAGUCAGACCCACAGAGUCCAGCUGGCUGUGCUUGAAAAGCCCAAGAAGACAAAAUGCUACAUUGAAGGAUCACAGCAAAUUGGAACAGAUGUUAUUCUGAAAUGUAAUUCCCAAGAAGGCACUCCUCUUAUAAAUUACUACUGGACAAGAACCACUGGUACAGAACUUCCAAUUACAUCAUCACAGAAUCCUGAUACAGGGGCUCUUUUGCUGAAGAAUGCUUCCCAGGUGAAUUCUGGCACAUACAAAUGUGUGGCUUCAAAUAGAGUUGGCACAGAUGAGUGUUUUGUUACUCUGAAUGUCACACCGCCUGUGAAUAGAGCUGGUACAAUUGCUGGAGCUGUUAUAGGGACUCUUCUAGCUCUUUCGUUACUGGCUUUUUUCAUGUUCUGUUGUUGCAAGAAACGAAGAGAAAAGAAGUAUGAAAAAGAAGUGCACCAUGAUAUCAGAGAGGAUGUUCCUCCUCCAAAGAGUCGCACUUCAACUGCUCGAAGCUAUAUAGGCAGUAAUCGGUCAUCCUUAGGUUCAAUGUCUCCUUCUAAUAUGGAUGGGUAUGCCAAGACUCAGUACAACAAAGUACCAAGUGAAGACUUCCAACAUACCUCACCACAAAACCCAAAUUUUGAACCACCAAAGGUAGCUGCACCUAAUCUAAGUAGAAUGGGAGCUAUUCCUGUGAUGAUUCCAGCACAAAGCAAAGAUGGUUCCAUUGUAUAGUAUAACAUCAUUUUACACUUCCUACAGUUCAGUAGAAACAUUGAUGAUUAAUUUGUUCCAGUAUGAUACUUUUACAUAUUUGUAGGAUUGAUUUUUGAGCAUCAAGAAGUAUGCUUGAUUCAUCAGUUUUGUAUUAGUUUUUGACCUAAAAAUUGAACGUUUUGAAGGAAGCGUAAUCAUUUAUAACAUUGCAACACUGGCGAUAUUCAAAGACCAUAUGGGUUCCAAAAUAACCACUUAGAUUUGUUUGCUUUUGAGAUAAUAGUGGCACUAAACUGCAUGACAUGAAGUGUUUGUCUUUACAUUUUAGAAUGAAUGAAAUAUAUUUGAUACGGUGAUGAAAAUGUUUUGUUUAAACAUGGACAUCAUAUAAUAGAGAUUCUGGAGUACAUUUCUCAGCAAUUUGGAACUUUUUAAUGAAUUGUCAGUUUCAGUUAGACACAAUGCGCUCAGUUUGCGUUGAGCUUAAUGCUUAACCAAGUCCUACCAGUAGUCUUCUUUUUUGUAAGAUGAAAAUAGUUAUUGUGGACAUGGAAACGAUCCACUAGGUUAUACUGUAUUGCUUGUUUUGCAACAUAUGUGACUGUUUUGAUACCUUAUGUUUACUGCCUAGAAUAUAGAACGUAUUAUUAAUUUCCCAUCUGACCAAAAAAAAAAAGAGGAAGAACACCUAAAAAUCAUAUUCUGAAAGUAAUAUUUGAGGCUAGGAAAGACCUGUUAAACUCAAUUAGACUGUAAAUGGCACUAAUAUUUGAUUUAACCAUCAGCAUUUUAAAGAUGAUCUUUCUUACUUUGACCUUUCCAUUAGAUGCCUUGACCUCCGUACAGAUUUGCUUACUUUGGAUCUAUGUAUAUACAUGGAAUCAGAAUUGGGUUUUGAAAUACUAAAAUAAUAGCACAAGUGUUUACUGGAAAUAUUUAAUAUUUUAAUGUUGUGGAAACUAUUCUAAGAACUAAGUGAGGGUUGUUAGGGUAAAAUAUUUGUUUCUCGACUUUCUUGAAAUACAGUAAUACUCCACUUAGCACUGAAGAUGUGUUCCAGGAAAGUGGAGCCCUUAGAAUCAGCACUAAUUGGAGCAUUUUAACAUUGUGCCUUAUGGUAGGAGUUCCAGAGGACUGGGUUACCUGCAGUACAAAGCAGGAAAGUAAGUCUCCUGGAGACCUGAUUGUCCUCUACGCAAAGCAGGUAGAGCAGUCCACAGGUCUCCCAAAGGUCUGGUUAGCUUCUUUAGGUAGUCUGGACCCUCCCACAAGCACCACAGAAUAGCCUCUGAGCAUCUGUGCUGUACUAAUCAGUGUUGUAUGGGGCUGCAUUAUGUGGUGUAUUACUGUACCGAUAUCCUCACUAGUUUCUUCCAAAAUGUUCAGAUAGCAUUUUAAGACAUAAUGCCUCUCAUCUGGGUAUAAUUUAUAAUUGAUAUAAUUUAUGAAGGAAUAAAAUGCUAUAAAGGGAAUGGAAUGAUGUAAACUGAAAUCUCUCCUUAAGAUUUUUCUGAUCCGUAACUAGAUGAAUUAUUAGGAAGUUGUUUGAAAUGAAUUUGUGUGACCCCCCACCCCACCCCACCCAUCAUUUAAAUUGUCAACUGUAGAUACUUACGCCACCAAUGCAGGAAACUGUAUUAGUGUAUAUAGUUUGUUGUCAAAUUACAGUGUCUGAAUUGCCUACUUUUCAAAUUUGAAGAAAUGUGACCCAUCCCUCUCUGUGUGUAACUGAAAUAAUGACUGUAAAUAUCUUUAAUUUUCUUAGUUGUCUAGAUCUGAUAUUUUCAUGUAUUAGGUCAAUUAUACAGAGUGCACCAGCCUUUAUUGCUAAGUUUAGAUGCUGAAUUGAAUUUUAAGUGUGUAAAUAGUAUACUGAAAUGUUUUAGGACCAAGGUUACCUGAUACCAUUGAUUCUAAGAUUUUUUUUCAACUGUGCCUUUUCAAUAAACUUUAAACUUGAUUGUACAUUCAGUUUCAACUAUGAAAUAUAUUGGUGCCUGACUUUACUUUUCUUAACAGUACUACAAUAGGAAGAUGUAGUUUUCAGUACAACACAGGGACUUAGUUCCUGCUUACUUGAUGUUUACUUUUUCCAGCCAGUGUUUCAGACAUUGCUUAGGUGCUUGCAUAAUGUGCUGUAUUUCAAAGUGGCUCCUUUUUGCUUGUUCCUGUGUGGAUAUUAACCUUUAUGUGGCUUCACACUAUUCUUCAUGGAACUUGUUCCUCUUUCUCGGUAUAUUGGAUGACAAGGAUUUGAAAAUAAGAGAUUAGCAAAGGUUUAAUAAAAACUAAAUAUGCAGUAUGAAAUCCUUUGAAUUUUUAACAUAGUAGAGCCACUGUCUCUGUCUUUGUGUUUUACACACAUACAAAUACAGUCAUGCCCCGCUUUACGAUUGCCCCACAUUACGACAAA